UUGUAGGUGAGGGUUCUGUUGUUCGCGGCUAGGCUGUAGCAAUGGCGACGUCUUUAGGAUCUAACACUUACAACAGACAAAACUGGGAAGAUUCGGAUUUUCCCAUUCUCUGUCAAACAUGCUUGGGAGAAAACCCUUACAUCCGGAUGACCAAAGAGAAAUUUGGCAAGGAGUGCAAGAUAUGUGAACGUAUAUUUUUUGUGUUACGUUUUUGUACUGGGGUAUUUUUUUGUUUUUAUAUUUCAUAUGUGUGUCAGACCUGCAGUAAAAUGAAGAAUGUCUGUCAAACCUGCCUUCUGGAUCUGGAAUAUGGUUUGCCCAUUCAGGUUCGUGACACUGGGCUGUCUGUUAAAGAUGAAGUACCGAGAUCAGACGUGAAUAAGGAAUAUUACACUCAGAAUAUGGAGAGAGAGAUCGCUAACUCUGAUGGCACGAGACCCGUGGGGCUGCUUGGGAAGGCACCGAGCAGCAGCGAUAUGCUGCUGAAACUGGCUCGUACCACACCGUAUUACAAGAGGAACAGACCACACAUCUGUUCCUUCUGGGUGAAGGGAGAGUGCAAGAGAGGGGAAGAGUGUCCAUACAGGCAUGAGAAGCCCACGGAUCCAGAUGACCCGUUGGCUGAUCAGAACAUUAAGGACCGUUUCUAUGGCAUUAAUGAUCCUGUGGCUGACAAACUCCUGAAUCGGGCAACCACCAUGCCCAGACUGGACAUACCAGAGGACAAGUCUAUCACCACACUCUAUAUCGGAGGGCUGGGAGAAGAUGUUACAGACUCUGAGCUCAGGAAUCACUUCUACCAGUUUGGGGAGAUUCGUACCAUCACCAUUGUUCAAAGGCAGCAGUGUGCUUUCAUCCAGUUUGCUACACGGCAGGCUGCAGAGACGGCUGCAGAGAAGUCUUUUAAUAAACUCAUCAUUAAUGGACGUCGACUUAAUGUUAAAUGGGGCAGGUUGGUGUCUAAUCGUGCAAGAAAAAAAGAGAAUGAUGGGGUGACGGAGAGUGGAAUCAGGCUGGAGCCGGUGCCUGGCCUCCCUGGUGGUUUGCCCCCACCCCCUCUGUCUGAUGAAGAUGCCUCCACCAACUACUUCAACCUGGCUCCCACCAACUCCCCUGUUGUCAUGAACCUGGGACUUCCUCCUCCACCUGGGGUUGCCAUGCCACCACCACCUGGUUUUGGUCCUCCUAUGUUCCACACCAUGGACCCCAUGGCCCCGCCGAUGCCCCCUCCAAUGGCCAUGAGGCCCCCCGGACAGGUCCACUACCCAUCCCAGGAUCCUCAGCGGAUGGGCGCCCAUGCAAGUCGCCAUGGAGGCCCUUAGAUAGUUAUACAGCUACCUCACUGUUGAGGUAUGAACAAGGAAAAUAUUGGAAAAAUACCAGCAUCUUAGAAUUUAAACCAUGGCAAAAAGGUUUCUUUUUAAGCUUUUGAUUUAUAAUAACCCUUAAUGGUUUCUGUUAUCUUUUUGUCAGUUUUUAUGUUUUGUAUGUAAUGAUGUGAAAGGUAUAUCAUGCCUUUUUUAGGCCCGAAUGGCAAAGAAUUAGUUGCAGUGACCAACAAUUACCAAGUGGGGGCACUGUUGACUAUUUCAUGCACCAGAAGUCUUUAUUUGUUUGACAUUUUAUUGUCCUGCACCUCUAGAAUAUUCCAGGAUUCAUAUCGUGUCAUAUUCGUGUUGUCCUGAAUUGUUUUUAAGACUUUUUUUUUUAUGUACCGCUGUCUAGUUUGUGGUUACAUUAAAGAAGCAUCACAUUUUGAAA